AUGUUUGCUCUGCUAUUAUGUAUAAUUCUUUACGGAAUAAGAGCUCAUUAUAGGAGCGAAAUGAUCGACGAGCUGGACAGGGUACGGCAGGAAAAUGAGCCAGCAAGAGUGUACUUCGUCGAGGCGGGAUCAGGAGCAAGAAGAAUAAUGCCUCCUCCUAUUUCGCCUCCGCUAACAGAACAGCAAGUCUACUAUCCUCUCGGACAAAUGCUUGUCGACGAAGCAAGAAGAGCAGCUCUAUAG